AUGGCUUCGGGCGCGCUCGCGGGCGCCGUCGAGCACACGGCGAUGUUCCCGGUGGAUACGAUUAAAACGCGCCUGCAGGUGGCGGCGAGCGGGACGUCGUACGCGCAAGCGAUCGGGACGCUCACGGCGCGCGCGUCCGCGGCGAACGCGGCGAACGCGGUGCGGUCGCUGUAUCGAGGGGUGUCCGCCGCGGGGUUGGGCGCGGGGCCGGCGCACGCGGUGUACUUCGCGACGUACGAAAAGUGCAAGGUGGCGUUCGGGGGUGGGAACGUGAACGAACACGCCCCCGUCGCGCACGCGCUCGCGGGAGUGUGCGCGACGGUGCUCGCGGAUGGGUUGCAAAACCCCGUGGAUACGGUGAAGCAACGACUGCAAAUCUCGGAUUCGCCGUACAAGGGGGCGCUGGAUUGCGUGGCGAAGACGUUUCGGAACGAAGGCGUGCGGGCGUUUUAUAGAAGUUACCCCACGACGUUAGCGAUGAAUGUCCCUUUCACGGCGAUCCACUUCGCGGCGUACGAAAGCGCGAAGACGGCGCUGUUCAAGGCGAGCGAGGCGGAGAAGGAGGGGUUCGCCGUGCAAUUCGCCGCCGGGGGCGUCGCCGGGGGUCUAGCGGCGGCGGCGACGACGCCCAUGGACGUCGUCAAGACUCGCAUGCAAACGCAAUGUGUUUUACUCGAUUGCGACGUCGCCAAGACGGUGGAAACGACCCCGAUGGACGUCGCGCGCGCCAUCGUUCGCGACGAAGGCGCGCUCGCCCUCACUCGCGGCAUGAGCGCGCGCGUGCUCUUCCACAUCCCAGCCGCCGCCAUCUGUUGGACGACGUACGAAGCCGCCAAGCGCGCCUUCGGUUUGGACGGCGACGACGCCUUCGGCCACCGUUAA